AUGCAAUCAAGCAUCCUCCAGAGCUCAGGCUUCCUUUUCAAUAAUCUCAAGAAAUUUUUAGAGCAAGCGGUUGGUAUUAAUCCGUCUUGGAAGCUGUGUUACCGUGCCUCCCUUCACGGCUGGGGAGCAAGUACGUUUCACAGUCUCUGUGAUGGGAAGACACACACUGUUACGUUGAUCAGGAAAGGUGCAUUCGUGUUUGGAGGAUAUACAGAUAUUGCUUGGGCUUCCCAUGGUCGCUACAGUUCAACCUCCAGGGCUUUUAUAUUUUCCCUAAUCAACAAAGAAGGACUGCCACCGUUCAAAAGCAUGGUGAAAAAAUCGUCAUACGCAAUCUUCAGGUACUCAAGUUAUGGUCCAACAUUUGGUGGAGGGCAUGACAUCUACAUCAGCAGUGACGCUAACAGUAACACUAACUCAUACACAGACUUCGGUCAAAGCAGUUAUUACGCAGUACCAAGUGUAGUAAAGGACCCAUACACAAUCCUGGCUGGAACUCGGAAUUUUUCACCUGAUGAGGUGGAGGUGUACUAUCUUGACUGA